CGGUUGCGGGCGGCGGGCUCCCCGCGGGCUGUCGGGCGCGGGUCGGGCCCGCGGCGGACGGCGGCCAUGAACUUCUCCGAGGCGUUCAAGCUCUCCAGCCUGCUCUGCAGGUUCUCCCCGGACGGCAAGUACCUGGCCUCCUGUGUCCAGUACCGGUUAGUCGUCCGGGACGUGAGCACCUUGCAGAUCCGUCAGCUGUAUACCUGCCUGGACCAGAUCCAGCACAUAGAGUGGUCGGCAGACUCCCUCUUCAUCCUCUGUGCCAUGUACAGACGGGGGCUUGUGCAGGUCUGGUCUCUGGAGCAGCCAGAGUGGCACUGCAAGAUCGACGAGGGCUCUGCAGGGCUGGUGGCCUCGUGCUGGAGCCCAGACGGGCGCCACAUUCUGAACACAACAGAAUUCCAUCUGCGGAUAACUGUCUGGUCCCUGUGUACAAAGUCCGUGUCUUACAUCAAGUAUCCCAAAGCCUGUCAGCAGGGGGUCACUUUCACCAGGGAUGGCCGCUACAUGGCCUUGGCAGAGAGGCGGGACUGCAAGGACUACGUGAGCAUCUUCGUGUGCAGCGACUGGCAGCUCCUGAGGCAUUUUGAUACAGAUACUCAGGACCUGGCAGGGAUCGAGUGGGCCCCGAACGGUUGUGUGCUGGCAGUGUGGGAUACCUGCUUGGAGUAUAAGAUCCUGCUAUACUCCCUGGAUGGCCGCCUGCUGUCCGCCUACUGUGCCUACGAGUGGUCCCUGGGCAUCAAGUCGGUGGCUUGGAGCCCCAGCAGUCAGUUCCUGGCAGUGGGGAGCUACGACGGAAAGCUGUGCUUCUUUCUCCAGGUGCGCCUCCUUAAUCAUGUGACUUGGAAAAUGAUCACUGAGUUCGGGCAUCCUGCAGCCAUCAACAACCCCAAGAUAGUUGUGUAUAAGGAAGCGGAGAAGGGCCCACCGCUGGGGCUGGGCCGCCUGUCCUUCCCGCCACCCCUACCACUGGCGGCCCCCCUCUCAGCCUCGGAGAGCAAAUAUGAGAUCGCCUCUGUGCCAGUUUCCCUGCAGACCCUGAAGCCGGCCACCGACAGAGCGAACCCUAGGAUGGGCGUGGGGAUGCUGGCUUUCAGUGCUGACAGCUACUUCCUGGCCACAAGGAAUGACAAUGUCCCCAACACCGUUUGGGUCUGGGACAUCCAGAAGCUCAGGCUCUUCGUGGUGCUGGAGCAGCUGGCCCCCGUGCGCUCUUUCCUGUGGGACCCACAGCAGCCUCGGCUGGCCAUCUGCACAGGAGGCAGCAAGGUCUACCUGUGGUCCCCGGCGGGCUGCGUGUCGGUGCAGGUGCCUGGGGAGGGUGACUUUCCGGUGCUUUCUCUGUGCUGGCAUUCAAGUGGGGACUCCUUGGCCCUCCUCAGUAAGGAUCACUUCUGUCUCUGUUUCCUGGACACUGAAGAGGGGGUCCACACAGCUGUGGAACAACGGGACAGCCAUGCGUAGGACCUGGUGGAACCCUCAGCAGGGACUCCAUGUCCCUGAUCUGGGAAGGAAGAGGUUCCCCUGGGAGCUCUCCGGCUGUGUUGUGCUGGCUCAGUGACUUGACUCUGAUUUUCUGUAGCAAGGGGGUUUUGUAAAUAUGUGUGGUAUAAAGCUGUAAUUUUCAUUAUUUAAAAUAAAUAUUUGCUAAUUUAUAAAACAUUGAUGCUURUUUCCUUGAAGGGCCAUCACGGCAGGUUUUCCAGGUUAGGCCGAGUUGUUAGUCAGUCUCAGGACGUGAAGGACGCUGUGCUGCAGAGCCCACCCCACUGCCGUGGCUGCUCUGGGUUCUUUUCAGUCACUGGUGGUUUCAGGGGGGCAUGGGUGUGCCUGUGCCUGUGGGGUGUGCCUGCCCUCUGUGGUAGGGUGUACUCUGGAGUGAGGGGGACAAGCACCUGAGGGCAGGGCUCUCCUGGGUCCUCUCAAGGGGAUGAUAGCUGGGAGGCAGCGGCUGGAGCACCAGGGGCGCUGAGAGGGCUGCCCGGCUGCCCGCACUGUGUCUCUUCAUGGAGGACGUGCCAGGCAGGAUCCUGUUCCUGCUCCUGCAGAGCCUGCAGACAGACCUUCAAAGCUGAGGCUUGAGACUCACUCACUGGGGAGCUGCUCCCCUGGCUGGACACUAAUUUUAAUGACAAUAACCUCAAAAAACAGCAACAUCCAUUUGGUUCUAAACAUCUUUACUACAAGACUGCAAGAGCAGGCUGAAGACCUGGGUGCUUUGAGACAGCCUUCCUCUGGACAGGCCACGUGUCCCGGUCGCAUCGUGCCAGCAAGCGUAAAGCCAUGACAGAGCUGUAAGUGAGGAGGAGGAGACUGAGGAGCCAGCGCUCAAGUCGCGAGUGCUGCAGCCCCACUAGGCGUGGGCUGGGAGUCUGAUGGCACCUGGAACCUACGGGCUGCAGGAGCCAGGGUGGCAGUCUCUGGGGAUCUAACACGUCCUUGCUUUAAAGUGCAUCCUUUAAAGAGCAAACUACCGAUUUYCCUUUUAAACAUGAACAAAAUAACAAAAGCUUAGGAUACCUAUAGUUGUCAAAAUUAUGUGCAAUUCCUCAACAAAUUGUGUUAAAUGAUUCUCUGUAAACUUUUUUG